AUGUUGACGUUUAGAAUAACUUACAUCAUAGUAGUGAUUGGUUGGCAUCAAGUCGGAAUACGGGCGUUAAAUGAUGUAUCUGAAGAGGAUAAAACUCGUGACAAGCGCAUUCUGUUAAAUGAUCCCUCCCUGUUUGACCAGAGACUUCAGCAGAUGGAUCACAAAAUCCAAAGUAUGACGUCAGAAAUCCAGAGCUUGACGUCAGAACUACAUCAAACCACGCAAAACCUUCGAGAUGUGACCAGCAAACUUCACCAAGCAGAGGCGGCCAUUAGUAAACUGACGUCUUCCAGUACAGGGAAACCUACUUACGUGAGGUGGGGCAAACACGGAUGUGGAGCCAAUGCGACCUUGAUCUAUACAGGUCAGGUAGGUGGCUCAGCUUAUUCCCAGACAGGGGGCGCUGCUAACCCAUUAUGUAUGGUGCAUGACGUUAUCUGGGGCUCUAACAAACCUGAAGGCUUCAUGGCUGAAAUCAGAGGUGCAGAGUACCAGGACCACUUCUGGGGAACUGGAAGUUUAGACAAGGACGUGCCAUGCGCCGUCUGUUCACCUAUAAAUGACGCUAGUUUGUUAAUGAUCCCUGGAAGAAAUAGAUGUCUACCAGGAUGGAAAGAACAGUAUCAUGGAUAUUUAUCAGCAAACGCAGUCUCACAUGCGCAUACUACAACUUACAUAUGUGUCGAUGAAAACGUUGAGUUUAUGGAUGCUGGUUCAGAAAAUGACGAACACAGUUUUUUGAUGUAUGGUGUGCGUACGCAUUGUGGAAGUCUGAAAUGCCCGCCAUAUGAAAACGGAAAACCAAUCACAUGUGUCGUUUGUUCCAAGUAAAGUUGUUGCAUGAAAAAAUAAAUUAA